GGACACGGAUUCCGAACAGGAGGGUCUCUUCGAUCCUUUCAACUUCCCUUCGAUGAAUCGGAUAUUGCAAAAAGAAGAGGAAAAAGAAGGGGAACGGCUCAGACGCGGGAAUAAUUAAGCGAUUACCCGUGAUCGGGAGGAAAGGAGGGGUGGAGGAGGAUUUUUCGUCAUAGCGAAGAUUUAAUUGGUCGAGAUGUAGUGAGGAAGAUAGGCGGUUGCAUUGUCUGCACGAUGUUAAGAGGGUUAACCCCUCCGAGCGGAGGGAUGGAGAUGGUAGGCGUGCAAGGGUGGCGGUGUAAUGAAGAGCGACAGUGGCGCCCGGAGCCAUCGCUAAUUUGCCGCUAAGUGGCCGGCUUUGUUUCCGUACGUUGAUCCCAUCGUUCGCAAUAUCCUGGAUCUGAGGCGAUGUUCCGCGCCGCUUAAGAGAUAGACAUCCAAAUAACCCGGGGCCCGCCCCCCGGCCAUUCCUCUCGCUGCUCUAAUUUCGACCAUUUCGAGCUGAGGGAAAAGAGAGAUUGAAAAUUGAGAUGGAUCGCGGCCAUCUUGGAACGAACGAAACAAUUUUUGGAUUUUUGAAGAAAGGGGAUUGGGAUUUAUUUGAUUUCUUAAAAUUCGUGAAAAUUUUUAUAGGAAGGAUUGUGGAUGUUAAAUUUUGAAGAAGGAGGGGAAAUGAAUUGAAAGAAAGAAUUGGUUAAGACUCGUUGGAAAUUUUUUGGAAACUUAUGGAAAUUCUUCUUUUUCUCGCGUAAAUGAUGGAUUUAUUUUUAAUUGGAGGGGGAGGAGGGUUUAUUUUAUCAAGUUCGUCACAGGAUAUGAAUAUUUUUUUUAGAAACAUCUUAUAACAUUUUUCUCGAUAAUUAAUUCGUAUUUAUUACAGCAAUUACUAAAUAUCCGUGCAUCUCUUGCUAUUGCCUCGUUAUUACAUCGUAAUAUAUAGGUAUUGUUAUCAUAUUAUUUCACGCAAUUUGAACACGAGGUAAAGUUACGUUCAAUGUAGUGUAAAAUAACAUGAUCCUGGAUAAAGAACAUUCAUAUUGUCUGCAACCUUUGUACCACGUAAUUUUUCACAAUACUUUUACAAAAAUUUAUCUUCAAGUAAUUUUAUCCGACACCACACGCGAACUUUUAUACUUAGAUUUAGUUUCAUUUCUAUACUUAGACAAUUAAUAAUUUAAUUAAUAAAUAAAAAAAAUAAAAAAAAUAUUUUAGCAAAUUUAAUAGACGUUUCAUGAUAUUAAUAUGUAAUAUUAUAUGUAAAAAAAAAAAAAAUAAUAUCCAACACGUGAUGUAACAUAAAAAUUCUUAUACCUAUUAAUCUUAUCUUGAUGAUAUCACUUGAUGAUUUCCUUAUCAUUUUAAAUUAAUUUAAUUUAUAUAAAACAAAAUUUAAAAAUACUUUCUCGAUCCCCUAAAAAUCUAUCCGAUACGCAAACGUAGAAAAAUGAUAAACUACGAUAAAUCGUCUAAACAUUUCCACACGAUAACUCAUCCCCACUCGAUCUGUCAAAUUAAUCUCUAGAUCUAAGAAUUAAUUAAAAUACGUUUGCCAAGAAAAUAUUUUCCAAAAAUCUCAAAAACCCAUUAUCGUGAAUGAUAAAUGAAUCAACGAAAAAAAGAAAAAAAACAAACAAAGAAAUCUUUCGCACUCUUGACACAAUGAUACGAUGUUACGUAAUUAAACGCGAUUUAAUUAUGAAACCAUAUCGCAUCAACGAUUAUCGCAGAAGGGAGAUGAAUGGCAUUGAGACGUUACUGCUGACAGCUAAAUAACAUCGUCAUUCGCGGAGGCGUCUCCUCAGUACUCCGCGGUAACGAAUAUAGCGAGCAUCGCAUCGACGUAAUCGCAAACGUAGAGAAUCGAGCGCAGACAGAAGAAGAACAGGCACUUUAAUCGAUAAAAAUGGAGUUUCUAUCGUUGGCCCUCCUCUUCGCCGCGAUCUCGGUUAUCGUCUAUUAUUACUGCUUCGUCAGGAAAAAUUUCAAUCUGUUCCAAGAGCACGGUAUACUUCACGUCCCGCCGUCCCCUCUCGUGGGUAAUUUUGGCCCGUUGAUCAGAGGAAAGGAGAACGUAUACGACACGAUUCAAAGGAUAUACGACAUCCAUCCUGACGCCAAGUACGUAGGUGUAUUCGAGUUCCUCACUCCCGUGAUAAUGAUACGGGACCUGGACCUGAUCAAGAGCAUCACCAUGAAGAAUUUCGACCAAUUUCCCGAUCACCGCCCCAUGUUUUGCAAGAGAGUGGACCCGAUGCUCGGUGAGAUGUUGUUCAUCAUGGACGGCGAGCAAUGGAAGGAGCACAGGAACAUGCUCUCGCCCACCUUCACCUCGAGCAAGAUCAAAACCAUGUUCUUGCAGAUGUCGGAGUGCGCCAAGAGAUUCGCCCAUCACCUGUCCAAACUGCCCGAGAAGGAGAGGGAAAUGGAGAUGAAGGCGUUGCUCACCAGAUACACCAACGACGUGAUCGCGGCCUGCAUCUACGGGGUGAACGUGGACUCGAUAAAGGAGCCCAGGAACGUGUUCUACAUGUACGGUAGAGUGGGCGCCACUUUGAUAGGGUUGAAGAAGAAUUUCAAGAUAAUGGUGCACAGGAACAUGCCUUGGCUGGCCACCUUGCUCAGGCUCAACGUGUUGGAGAAGCACAUAGCCAAGUUUUUCACCGACCUCGUGGUGGAGACGGUCGAGGAGAGGGAACGAAACGGAACGACGCAUUCGGAUCUGAUCCAAUUGAUGAUGGACACGAGGAACAAGAAGGAAUCGGGUAAGAAGACUCUGACCGUCCAGAACAUGGCCAAUCACGCGUUCAGCUUCUUCUUCGGCGGUUUCGACACGGUCGCGGCGCAGACGUGCGUGCUUCUCCACAUGCUGGUCGAGAAUCCCGAGGUCCAGCAGAGACUGCAGCAAGAGAUCGACGAGACGUUGGAGAGCAACAACGGCCAAUUGUCGUACGAGGUUAUACAAGAGAUGAAAUACUUGGACGCGGUGAUCAACGAAAUUCUAAGGCUCCACCCGAUCGCUGUGUUCAUAGACAGAAUGUGCGUCAAGAGUUUCGAGCUGCCCCCCGCCUUGCCCGGCGACAUGCCUUUCACCGUCAAGCCGGGGAUGAACGUGUGGAUCCCAGUCAAAUCGAUCCAUCACGAUCCCAAGUACUACGACGAUCCCGAGAAAUUCAAACCGGAGAGAUUUUUGGACAACGGCAAGAGCAUUAUCAGCUCGGGCGCGUAUUUUCCGUUCGGGAUCGGGCCCAGGAUAUGCAUAGGGAAUAGAUUCGCGUUGAUAGAGAUGAAGGUUCUGGUCUGCCAUAUUCUUGCCGUUUGCGAUGUGAAGGCUGGAUCGAAGACAGGGAUCCCGUUGGAAUUCGAGAAAGGAGUGUUCAACGCGACCGCGAAAACUGGUUUUUGGCUCAAGAUCGAGCCCAGGAAAUAUUCUUAUCACUCUGAUCAAAUUAACGGAUUGGUUAACAACGAUGUCAUUAACGGUGCGUGUAAAACAGGGAUUUGAAAUAGGAUGAUAUUCAAUUGUUUGAAUCGGGAGUUUUAAAUUUUAAGUGUGCAAGUCAUAAUAUUAUAUUACGUAAGGGUGAUUCGAUUCGAUUAAUUGUGAGAUCGUAAAUAUGCGAACAUUUCAAUAUUUUGCCUCUUAUUUUUUUUUUUAUUGUUUGCUUGAUUUUUGUACGGAUAAAAUAAAGAAAAAAACUCUUGUGUAAUUCAUAUGGAUUACUCGAUUCAUUCCAUUAUUCAUUACGAUUAACGUUAUAAUAGAUCAAACAAACAAUCAAAAAAAAGUGUUACUAUUUUUACAUAUUUAAAUAGCUCGAAUCGAAAUUACACUUUUAAAUUAGAAAAAAUAAUAAACACCAUCAUUGGUGAUAAUUAAUGAAAAUUUUUACACGUUGAAAAGAAAAUUAAUAAAUGAAAAAUAAAUAAAAUAGAAUAUAAUUGUGAAUUUAAAAUCAAAAUGAAUUUUACCUUAUACUUUUUCGAAGAAUUUGUACAUCUUUUUAAAAAUUAUCAUAUUUUGUCAUCGCAUUUAUUAUUCAGUGUAUAACAAAUAUUUUAUUCGGAAUAAAUUAAUAAAUGAUCCAAUACAUUUCACAUAAA